AGACAACUUGAGUCGAUUCAAGACCUUAGUAAGACGACAUGAGCUGACCUUAGAUGCUUCCUCAUUGUCGUCUUAGCGCUCGUGUCAUGCGCAGGCUCUCACUUUGGUUCGUAUGAAAGAGGCUUGAUCAAAUGUGCGCUGAAGGAGGCGCCGCACUUGACAAGCUACCUCAGUGCAGGGAGUUAAAGUAAGCUUAUUACGGCGAGAUCAAAAACAAAACACUCCAGUUGCUCCUAAAGAAGAUACGUGUACGUUGCACUUAAAUCACGGAGGGACGACGUCGAGAAUGCUAAUAAUGAAACUACUGCCCCACCGCGUCAGCUUAUCGAUGGGGGAAUCAGGCUCGCGUCGCUCCACGCUUGUUUCCCGCCUACCAAUCUUCCGUCGGAGCAACAGCAAGCGGCAGGAGUCUUUGCCCUCGUCGCCGUCGUCGGGCGGCAACUGUGUUCACACGUCUUCGCCCUCCAGCACCAACUCCAGCUCCGGGAGCACCGGCAAACGUCGGAGCCUCUUUCGCGCGCCCUCACUCAGCUUCUCGGCCAAACGAAACAGCCACCCGCGUGUGCAGCCAGUCAAUUUAAACCUCACGCCGCCGCUGGCGCAGACCACCGACGCCAACGGGAACAACCAGGCGACAUCGGCGGCGGGUUCAAACGACGGGAGCGCGCAGCCCAAGUCGCGCCACUCCUUCGGCUUUGGAAGCAGCAAGCAUAAGAAAAUCACACGUUCUCAGACUGAAGAUUUUGACAAAGCGCCAUCCUCCUCUUCUUCUACGACCAAUCGAAAUGUGUUCAUCAACUGCCUCAGCGGAUCCGGUGCCAACGAGGGCGACGAUUCGGGGUUUAUCGAAGACUACAGCGGCGGGAGCAGGCGCUCCUCACGUCACAAGAAGCAGCUGCUGCCCAAAUCUCUCUCGUCUCACCACCGCUUCUCUCGGACCAACUCCGAUCACCACAAGCUGCCGGAGGACAACCUGGAAUGCCCCAGCCCCAACACCACCACAACCGUAAAGGCAGGGGGCCUCACCCCGGGGUCGUGGCCGGGUGACGUCGCCCUGGAGAGCUCCCUCCAGUCGCCCAUGGUAUCAGAAGACCGGACCACGGCCAUCACCCCUUCCGAGUUCGUCCCCAUCACAGAGGACUCUGACUCUGAGGUUGAAGCCCUGCCAGCUCCGAGCCCUCGACCCACCUUCGUGUCUGGACCGGCCACUGCUCCAUCCGAGAGUCCACCUGCCCCACAGACCUUCAGCGGGACUGUCUCUUCCUCACAGGUUUUCUUCACACCAGCCGAAUCCAGCGUUGAAAAACCCUUACUCCCCGACACGAGCACAGCCAACAACACCGACUACGAGACGGCCAUCUCCCUCUCGGAACCGGAGACCGCCGUGCCCUGCGUGCCGCCGCAGGAACAAUUGCCGGACGAGAGGAAGGAGAGAGCGGAAGAACGAGAGCAAGCCCGGAAUGAGACCUCGGCAGCAGCGGCGACAGGAAAGAAGCCGACGGGGGACAAUAAGGCAGGAUGUCGUGUCGAGACCACCAGCGAGAGUGAAGCAGGAGCGUUGUCGCGGAGCGAGGCUUGCCACUCCUACCUGGAGCAGGCGGAGAGGAGGACGAGAAACACGCUGUUGGUUCAGGAGAGAGGAAGUUUUUGUGGCUGCCAUGAACCCAGGUCGUGUCACCUGAGGAAGCCGCACACAGCCUCCCUGUGUAGCGGUGUUAGCCCCUACCACGAGGUGAUGCGCUUGGAGAGACGACUGCGCUCCUCCUCCGAAGGGGCCGGCGGCCCUCGGGUCCACGGGAACCACAGGGACGGCCCGGGCGUGGAGGGGUGCGGCUUGCUGAAACACAGGAACAACUCGUCGUCGUCCAAACUAGGAAGUCUGGAGGUCCUAAACAAUUUGGGCUCCUCUGAACUGGAUGAAGAUGAUCUCAUGUUGGAUCUGGACCUGUCUGACGAUCAGCGCCAUCGUCACGUUUCUAGAGAAGACUCCAGUCAGUCCUUGGCUUCCUGUCUCAACCUGCUCCCAUCACCUAUCGACCCGUCAGGAGAUCGCAUCCUCGGAAAAGACUACUGUCACAGGGAGCCCCGACGUCCGACCAGCUUGCAGCCCGCCGACAGCAGUAGCUCGGCUGUGCUCUCGGGGAAGGAUGAUGAGCACCUACCUUCAGGGGUGGAGACCCUGCCGCUGCGACUGAUGCAGCAGGACUGCACUGCCGUCAAAACCCUUCUUUUAAGACUGAGGCACACCCUGCAGGAGAGUACAGAAACAAGUCCUGCCAGCAGUCUUCAGUCUCUACCCAUAAGCCCUUGCAGUGAGAAAUCCCUCCCAUUUAAGGAUUGGAGCAGAGAAGAGGCGUUGCUGCAGCAGCUGAAGGACAAAGACGAGCUGAUUCUCAGACUUCAAAGUGAACUGGAGAGUGCCAAAGCUGCCCUGAAGAUGAAAGACGGCCAUGCGAGCGACCGCGCUACACAGACGGAACACAUGGGACCGGAGACCAACAACCAUGCAGGCCGGUGGUCCGGACCAGGCAGCAGCAGCAGCAGCAGCAGCCUGGCACAAAAGGAGCGAAGGGUGGCACGGGCCGGGGCGCCGCCGCUGCCCCCCCAGCCACCCGCAGGGGACCUCACUAGCGCGCACCCUCCUCGCUACGCGCACAGUGAGCCUCCCGCCUCUGUCAGGGACGAGACGCCCCCGGCCCUUCCACGGGUAAAUCCGUGGCCCGCAGUUCCAUCCUUCACCUCCAGGGUGUCCUCCUCGUCCGAGUCCCUCACCCCGGGAGGCGGCGCGGGGGCGCGCAGGGGCGAGCAUCACCCGCCCAGCCACAUCCCCCGUGCGUUCGGCAGCCGGUCCUCCUCCUCCUCCUCCUCCGCCUCCUCCUCGUCAUCCUCUUCCCCGUUCACGGGGCGUUUAGGGCAGCCGCCCCGAGGCCCGCUGUCCCUGCACAGCUACUUCCGCAAAAACGUCUUCCUCCAGCACUCCCUGCACACCGCCGAGCUGCAGGCGCUCACCCAGAGAGACACUUGAGGCCCGGCCCCCGUCGUCACAACACUCACCAGCCGCCACGCUGCUCUUUUUCGGCGCCCUCGUAUCUUUUGACAUUUCCCUCGCAUGCAAACGGCGAGCGUAUGAAGAGCGCACUCAUCCGCCACACCGCCAUUUUAGACCGUCCUCACGCCCACAGGAGUGCACACAACAAAUACUCUCAUUGCCGGGUGUUUUGAAUUGAUUUGUUUCUCUGACCGUUUGCUGCUGGGAGCCACUGACUGCUGAUUUGUGCUUUGCAGGAAGAUUGUCACGUUGCCAAAACUCCUCAUUCAUCCCUGCUCACCCUCCCUCCAUCGAGACCGCCCUCCAUCCUGUAUGCUUAAAAAACACUUUUAAGGACACAGGUGAGCGCUGAAUAUCUGGGCCAUUCCACCGAAUACUUUUUAAUCAUUCUCCAAAUAAAAAAUAAAUACACACUGCAAAAAGUCAGUGUUUAAAAACAAGAAACAAAAAUAGAAAAAUGAGGGGUAUUUUAUUUGAACUAAGCAAAAUUAUCUGCCAAUAGAACAAGAAAAUUUGGUAAGUAAAAUCAGCUAACCUCAAUGAACCCAAAAAUACCUUAAAAUAAGUAUAUUCUCACUAAUAACAACUGGUACUACUAUAUGAGUACGCAUUUUCUAUUGUUUCAUUGAAAAUAAGUUAUCUGUUUUAAUAUGAGACAAGUCAUGAUUUUUUUUUUCAUACUUGAAAUAAGAAAUUAUUACUUUAAAAAAGCAGUUUUAUACUUGUGAGUGUUGAUGACACAGCUUUGCAACAGUUGAUAUUCUAGUUUCAAGCAUGUUUUACUCAAUAUAGGUCAUCAAAUCUCAGCAACAAGCUGUAAUAUCUUACUGAGAUCAUUUAGGACCAAAACCCUUAAAACAAG